CUUGGUGACAAGUUUUGUAGUACCAAUACGAGCCAUCCAUUUAUAUAAUACCUAAAUCCAUGUUUUAGACAUAUAAUCCCACAAACCACAUCCUAACCCCUCGAAAUAACACAUUCGUACAGUUUUCUGUUUCUCUUCAACAAGAUGACAGACAGGCAUCUCAUUCUUUGCUUUGCUGACAUUUGGCAAUGAGGCGAAAGUGUGGUGAUGGGUGAUAGAGAGAUCAUACGUUAAAUACAAUAGCAGUUGAGUUUGAGUAGUUCACACUCAAUAACUUUACUGCGCUUCUGUGUCUCAAUAAUGUUUAAGAAAUAUCUUAACAUUUUGUUGGUGACAAGUGACAGGUUUUGACUGGUAAUACAUUUGUUUUUUUUUAACGUAACUGUUCAUUAAUUCGACUCGUUAACAAAUAAAUAACUUGUUGCAUGUAUUUUUAUAUGUAUCAUGCCUGUAAUUAAUAUAAAAGUCUAGUUAGUCAUGCAGUAUUUGAGUAAUGUGUACACAACCAUAGUAAAAAUAAUGUGACAAACUGCAACAUUCUUUAGAAAUAACCAUGGCGUCAACUAAUGAGAAUAAUGGAAGUGGUGGUACACUGCCUAGAAGUUAUACCAUGAAUGCAUCAAGAGACUAUGAUUCAUUGAAACAACCAUACGAAAAGUCUAACAAUGAAGUCAGUAACUCCCGGAGACGCUGUGAUCAUGUGCAUAAUGAUCUAGAUUAUUAUAGAGAACAACAUAGAGCUGCUAUGAAUCAGUUAGAAGUUUCUUCACAAGACUCUGCAACUCUGCGGUCCAAAUAUGCAGACUUGUUGAGUGAAAAACAGAGAUUAGAACAAGAAAACCAAAGGUUACGAAAAGAUUUUGCAGAUGUUCAUAGACAGCAGGAGGUUGUCCUACUAGCCACAGAUAAUGGAAAUGGAGAUCCUUUAUAUCUUUCACAUCCUCAAAGUAUUGCGAAAUUGGAAUUGACCAAAGAUGAAAAUACGCGCUUAGUCAAACAAUGUGAACUUCUAGGACAGGAGCGAAACAUUGCCAAAGAAAAAAUGCUAAAGAAAUCCAUGGAAGGGAUACAUUGGGUGAUUGAAGAACGAAUGAAGCAAAGAGAGAUAGCAAAUUUAAAACAACAAGUCUUAAAGUUAUAUAAGGCUCAUCAAAAAGUGCAACAGCAAUAUGAAGAAGCCGAAAAGCAAAUUAUUGCUAUUAAAAUAAAGGCAAAUAAGGAUGUUAAACGACUGACAGACGACAGGAAUGCAACUCUUGCUGAAUAUACCCUUAUUAUGAGUGAAAGAGACCAAGUUCAUAAAGAAAUGGAAAAGCUUAGUGACGAUCUUGCACAGGCACUGAAAAAGGGAAAAAUCUUAGAUGCUGAUAAUCAAGAGCUGGUUGGCGAAAAGCAGGCCAUUGGCUAUCAGUUAGAAUCUCUGAGACGUGAAAUUGCUAGCGCUUUGUAUGAGCGAGACAAAGCGUUGAAAGAGUGCGCUGAGUUGAGAGAGAAAUUCGGUGAACUGGGGGCAGCUAACGAUGAUAAUAGGCGAAGGGAACAAACCAGAUCUAGGCAUUUGGAUAGUUUAGGCGGACCCUGCGAAAAUAUUGGAAGAAAAGAUGCGUUGCAAUCGGAUGUGAGAUCAAUGAGUCAGAGGCAAAGAUUAGAUAAUCUUGACCAAGCUAAUCAGGAGCUAGAAACGUUGAGAAAAAGUUUGGACAAAGCACAAACUGAACUCUCAGAAGCUAUACAAGAAGCUGAAGUAUCAAAAGGACGCCGGGAUUGGGCCUUUUCUGAACGCGAUAAAAUCGUGCAAGAACGUGAAAGCAUUCGAACUCUUUGUGAUAAUAUGCGUAAGGAACGCGAUCGCGCUGUUUCUGAGCUGGCUGAAUCUCUUCGAGAAUCUGAUGCUGUUAAGAAGCAACGCAAUGAAUUGUUGAAAGAAGUUAAAGCUCUUAAGGAAAUGCUCGAAUUACAUUUUGUGAAUCAUAACGAUGAAAAUUUAGUUAACAGUAAUAAUACAACUGAAACCUAUGAGUUACUUGAAGUUGAGCUUUGUUGCGAUGGCUUUGAAGAUUUGGGAUUAGAAUUGUCUGGGGGCAUUGAUGAUCCGUAUUUUCCGGGCGAUGGCGGAGUGUAUGUAGCUAGUGUAAUGGAAGGUUCUGCCGCUGACGGUAAACUUAAACUCAACGAUCGCAUUUCAAAAGUUAAUAAUGUUGAUUGUAAUGCCGUUUCAAGAAGGAUGGUUUUAGAAGCAAUCAGAGCUAAUUUACCAGUUGCAAGAAUUGUUGUCAGUAGGCGUACACGAAGAGCAACAAGUCCUCCAAAUACUCCUCCACAGGUGAACAAGUGGGUACACACCGCUAGAUUAGUGCCAGGUUGUCACGGACUUACACUUAAUACAGGAGUUUACAUAAGUAGAAUCAGUGAAGGCAGUUUGGCAUCAAAGGAUAAAAGUCUUUCAGUAGGAGAUAGAAUCUUGAGGAUAAAUGACAAAUCUAUGGAUGAAAUUGAUAGUAUUGAUGAAGCAAUGCGAGUUCUAAAUGACGAUUCUAUUGACGUAAUAACGGUGACGGCAUUAAAAAUAAGUCACCCAGAAUGCCCUAAUGUUUUUAUUCCCGUUCGUCGUCACAAGCGUGAAAAUAGAAGUUCACAAACUGAUGAACAUGAUUACUUAACAGUCCAACAUGAAAAAACUAAUGGGGGUGCCUGGUUCAAAGAGAAAAUUGACUUGAUGCGAGGAAGACGCCAUAACGAAAAGAAAAAAUACCACCGCAACAGUUCACCAAACCCACUAGAAAUUGCAGAUCCAGAACAGGCAAUAGCUGAGUUAGACUUAGUUCUGGAUAGCUAUAGAGGCAAUACAAACAUGAACACAACGAAAAAAUCAAAGAAGAUUUCGUCGAAAGAACAAGAAAAAAAUGGAGGAACAUGGCCGAAAGCCAGAGCUGCGGCAUUGCUUCAGCCUAUAAAUGGAAGUACUGUUGUGGUGAAAAAGAAGGAACGACCGGCACUUAGCCUGUUAAAAGAAAGAGGUGUGGAGGAUUAUAGAAAUUCUACACCUGUGCCUCUAUCGUCAGUGGCUCCAUUUCCGUCUGGUCGGCAUACAGUAUUCAAGAGCAUAGAUGGAGAUGUAUCACAUUUUAGUACUGUGGCGGACUCUUACGAUAAACUUCGGUCCACUAAUCGGUUUAGUGUGAACAUGAAUUCUGAUAAUAAUCUUGAGUACCCUGUCCAUCGCUGUGGUGAUAAAGAGUCGCACGUGUGUUUUAAAAAAAAUAAACUAGAACUUGGAAAAUAUGUUUUUGAUAACGAUCGAGAUAGUAUCGUUGGUAAUCACAAUGAAUCAUCACAACCAAACAACGGAAUUCCAUCAUCCCACAGUCGCAUACAUAGUCAGUUGUGGAUGGCACCUCGCACACAUUACCCUUUUCAUCCACAUCCGCACGACCAUAAUAGAGAUAGUUUCAGUUUUGAACCAUCGUCAUUUCAUCAUACACAUAGUCCGUCAGUAGAUGGUGCUACGAGAAAGGUUGCUAAUACCAUUGCUUGUUCACCUCUGCAGUCGAAUUACAGAGAUAUGGAACUUUUAGAAGGUGGCACUUUUCCAAAAAAAAGAGAUCCUCGUUUUCGUGUACCAUCGAACCCUAGCGUUACUUCUAAAGUUAGCACAGGUAGUAUUGAACGCAGUUCAGAAAGAGGGAGUCCUAUGCCAAUAUUUCACGUCGAGGUGCUAAGUCCUGGUGAACCAGGAAAUAAUAGCAAGGAAUGUUGUUCGUGGCCAGGCGGGCAGCAUAAACCUCUACCAGGAGAACUAAGACGUGUUCAUAUAGAUAAAUCUAAUGAACCGCUGGGCAUACAGAUAAACUGUCCAGACAGUGGAGGUAUUUUUGUUUCCACUGUUAAUGACAACAGUUUGGCCAGUAGAGUUGGACUUCAGAUCGGAGAUCAGUUGUUGGAAGUUUGUGGAAUUAACAUGCGCAAUGCCACUUACAAUUUGGCAGCAAAUGUGUUGAGACAGUGUGGAAAUUCCAUCACUAUGUUGGUGCAAUAUAGUCCAGAUAAAUACAACGAACUAGAAGGGUCAGGUUCUUGUUCAGAUUCAAGUUCAAAUGGUGAUGAUGGAGAUGGGGAGGCCACACCAUGCAAUUCUCCCAAAGAAAUUCGCAAAUCACAUCCAAUAGGCCUAACCAAUCUGCCUCAACCAAAUUCUUUGAUGAGAGGUCAAACUUCACUACUACAACGACAGAGUAAUAGCUCAAGAAGUGACGAUGAACCUCGUUAUCUAUACAUUGAAACCCUGAAGACUUCAAAUUUGGGCAUUUCACUUGUAGGAGGUAACGCUGCUGGUAUCUUUAUUCAUUCGGUUCAACCAGAUUCAUUGGCUUAUCACGCUGGGCUACGAACUGGAGAUCAGAUAUUGGAAUUUAAUGGAAGCGAUCUUCGUAACGCCACCGCUGAAGAGGCUGCUUAUGAACUGGCAAAACCAGCUGACAAAGUCACUGUCUUAGCCCAUUAUCGCAUGGACAGAUACAAUGAAAUAAAGGAUAAACCAGGUGAUAGUUUGUACGUUCGAUGUGGUUUUGAUCGUUCUGGGAACGAGUUGACAGAACCACCUCAACUGGCAUUUUCCAAGGACGACGUAUUGUACGUAGACAAUACUAUGUUUAAUGGUGUCCCAGGGCAAUGGCGUGCCUGGCGUUUAGAUGGAGAAGGACGCCGUCAACAAUGUGGUGUCAUUCCUAGUAAAUAUAAAGUGGAAGAGGAAGCUCUUUUACGACGAGGUGCAGAUCCAGAUCAACCAGGGCGUUCAGUGGCUUCUGUCGGUUCAUCGACUGCCAGGCGCAGUUUCUUUAGGAGAAAAAAGCAUCAGCGACACUCAAAAGAAUUAGCUAGUUUUUGCAAUUUGGCUGGACCAGGCUGGUAUUCUGACGGUGGGUCUUUACAUGAAGAACCCGCGCCACCUCCAGCUUAUCAACGAGUCGAAAGGUUGUCUUUUCCCGAAUUCAGACCUGUUCUGGUUUUGGGACCAUUAGCCGAAUGUGUCGUUGAUAAACUAGUAAGCGAUUUUCCCGAUGAGUUUGGACGUGCCUCUGCAGAAACGCGCCGUUGCCCUCAAGCCCAGCUAGAUCGAGAAUUAGCUGAUGGUCAUUUGGUGGAAUAUCGUAGACGUGGAAGCUGUUGGGAAUGUGUAACUGUUGCAGCUGUUCGACAGGUGUCUCGAGCACAUUUACAUUGUAUGUUGGAUGUGGCUGCUAGCAGCGUGGAGCGUCUACAUCGUCAUGGUAUCUAUCCUGUAGUUCUACUUAUCAAAUUUAAAAGCACCAAGCAGAUUCGAGAAAUAAAAGAUGCAGUACGGUAUAGUUUAGACAAAUUGUCGGGCAAAGCAGCAAAGGAGAUGUUUGAAUAUGGACAUAAACUAGAGGCCGAAUAUAGACAUUUAGUUACAGCCGUUGUAGCGGCUGGUGCAAAUGUAGCACAUGUUUGUGCACAAGUGAAAGCUGCCGUUGAUUUAGAACAUCGAAAAAGUCAGUGGGUACCUAUUGGAUAAUUCUCCGUCCUUUCGAGAUUUCUGAAGUGAAUCGUUUUAUUUCCAAUCCCAUGGAAUGGAUUUAUGAACUCAUUUUAAUAGUUAUUGAAAGUGUACUGUUUUGACUAUUACUAAUUGCCUCUAAAUUAGAUAGUAUAUUUUGUUAAGACGACUUGAUGUUAUUUUUAAUAUAAAAUAUGUGUAUUAUUUUUCUUGAGAUUUUAAUAAUAUGAGUGCUGUGUA